ACAACGAGUCUAAUCACUCACUGACUCGUUCGGCAACCGAAUUUCCUCUCUUUCAUUUGAAUUGAAUCAAUUCCCCAAGAAAACUCUGAGCAAAGGUAGUAGAAAAUACACUAUCGUCCUGUACGAUUCGUCGCAGCUGAAGCUAUUUCCAGCGAUUUUUUCUUGCUCUGAUACAUGCAUACAACGACUUGAAGCUUCUCCCCAUAUUAGGGUUUCUGCAAAUUUCUCGACUUUUUCCUGUUCAUUGCUGUGGCAGUUGUUCUCUCCCUGCCUAGUUAGUCCCAUCUUUUCGUUCGGAGUACUGAGCUAUGAACGAUGGGUACUGGAGCCGGCAGCAGCGACAGCCACCGGCACCGGCGCCGCGACCGGUGGCCGCCUCCGGUGGGAUCCAUAAACGUCCUCGUAACGACUACGAUCUUCCCCCAUCCGCUAUCCCUCCCGGCCGUGAAGUGCAUGGGUAUAUGCCGCAUGAUGAUGACCAUGGUGUACUCCGCCCUGUGAAGGACACGAAAAGCAUUGACUCGGCAUAUGAUCUUUACCUGCAGAACACGAAACUUUCGUCUUCAACAUCCAGCGAAGCCAAUUCGUUUGGUGGAGUUAGUUCGGGAAGGCCAGCUGGUGGCGGAAGGCCUGGCAUUCCUCCCAUGGCCGAUUCCGUUAUGGGUCGGCCAGGAUUUGUUAGCCCGGAUCUAGCACCAGAUGGUCCAUCGGUUGGUUUUGGUGGCAGAUCCCCUAUGGAUUCACGGGGAAGGCCAGGCCGUGAAGGAAUAUUACCUCUACCUCCUGAUGCGUCCAACACGCUGUAUGUAGAAGGGCUUCCCCCUGACUGCAAAAGGAGGGAAGUAGCUCAUAUCUUUCGCCCAUUUGUGGGGUAUAGGGAAGUGAGGCUCGUGAACAAGGAAGACAAACAUAGAGGAGGUGAUACUGUCCUCCUAUGCUUUGUUGAUUUUGAAACCCCAGCUUGUGCCGCAACUGCCAUGAGCGCAUUACGAGGUUACCAGGUGGAUGAAACCGACCCCGAGUCCAAAAGUCUCCGGCUUCAGUUCUCCCGGAAUCCAGGCCCGAGAUCCUCUUCCGCUGGCCAUCGUGGUAAACGGUAGAAGGCUGAACAAGCUUUUGGUCGGAUGGCGUGUUAACAGUUAAAAACCGAAGUGGAAUCUCGAGAGUGUCUGAAGAUUGACAUGGAUGGUUUUGGACAUUACAGAUAUCUUCUGAAACAUUCCUCUCAGUUGCUUUUACUUCUGUUACUGGAAUCUCUGGUCCUAAGGAGGAUCCUCUUGUAGUUGUACCAUGUUUUUUUUUUCCUUUAGGUGGUCAUUAUUAAAAAAAAAUGUCUUUUUUUAAAUUUUUAUUUGCAUGAACAAUCUGCUCCCCGUGUAUAUUUGAAAGAUUUUUUUUUUUGGUAAAAAGUGGCUUGAAAGAUUUGUUUCUUCUUCUA